AUGGCCCACAGCCAGUCUCGGAAGCGAUCGCGAAGCAGGAGCAAAAGCAAUUCUCGGAGCAGACAGGAGAGGAAGGAGAAGAAAAGGAGGAAAAGCAGCAAGGACUCACACCGGGGCAGCAGCUCUCCUCCGAGGAAGCGCACCUCUGGCUCUCACAGACACAAGUCGAGCUCAGCGGCAGCUGGGGAAGAAAAGAAGAAGGAAAAAAAGGACAAAAAGAAAAGGAAGGCAAGUACCUCUUCCUCUGAGACAGCAUCUUCAUCCACCAGCUCUUCCUCAUCUUCCUCUUCCUCCAGCUCUUCUGAUGAUUCCAGUGACAGCGACUCCAAAACAAAGAAGCGACACAGCAAAAAAAAGCAAAUGAAAGACAAAAAGAAGAAGAAGAAGAAGAAAAUAAAGAAGAAAGCAAAAAAGAAGUCAAAGGAAAAGGCUAAGGAGGAGAAAGCCAAGGGAGAAGAAGUGGCGCCCGGCCCCUCACUGGAGCAGUGGCAGGAGGAGUCGCUGGUGGACUCUGGACCACUUUUGACAGAUGAACAAAAAUCCCGAAUCCAGGCUAUGAAGCCAAUGACAAAGGAAGAAUGGGAUGCGAGGCAGAGUGUCAUAAGGAGAGUCGUGGAUCCCGAAACGGGGAGAACCAGGCUUAUUAAAGGUGAUGGAGAAGUACUGGAAGAAAUUGUCACUAAGGAGAGACACAAGGAGAUUAACAAGCAAGCCACCCGCGGGGACGGGCUGGCCUUCCAGGCGAGGACGGGGAUGCUGCAGUGA